UCCACGCGUAAUCGGAAGUGUUUGGAUGCAAGAUCCCCCGUCUCGCUCAGCGGCUUGGUACUACCAGAUUAAAGCGCCUAUAAACUAUGAUUUUCGGAAUCUGAACUGCGGCGGAAGUCCGGUGGUGAUAAGCCCAGACGGAUCUCGGAACUGUGGACUGUGCGGUGACCCAUAUAACAGCAUCAUUCCGCGUGAUAACGAGGUGGGAGGAAAGUACGCCAAUCCCCGAAUACGGACGCGGUUCUAUGAGUCGGGCCAAGAGGUAGACAUUAGCAUCUGGAACAACCUUCCUGGAAGUCCCGGUUUCUACGAGUUCCGGUUAUGCGCAGAGCAGAAAGAAUCUCAGGCGUGCUUCGACCGCCACCUGCUCACGAUCGUGGGUCAUGAGGGCGACUCCGAUAGCACCAGCGUCAAUGUUCCAACCACCCAGGGACUCAACGUGUUCCAUGUGCAACUUCCGGUUGGUGUCACGUGUGAUUAUUGCACGCUGCAAUGGCGCUUUAGGCAAGAGAACAGUGCAGAAGGCUGCGAUGACAGCGACUGGUGUGGUGUAGGCCGCGGCCCACAGGUCGAGUUCUACAACUGUGCCGACGUCAUGAUUGGCGCCGUCGGCACCCCGAAACCCGACAGCAUCCAGGACCCGACAUACUCCGACGCCGACUACGGUAGCGCUUACGACCUAGCGACGACGAGGAAUGACAUCAAUGGAGUCACUACCCCAGAUAACUCCAACCUCAAUGGCGCAACAACCGCUUCCCCCAUAACCACCACCAGGCGGAUGAUCUUCACCAUUCCUAACAUCUUCCCCACCAACGCUCCGACGACUGCCGCCACAACUACUUCCAGGCCAGUUGUCACAACAGCUAAUAGUAACAACAAUGUUAAUACUGUUCCAACUGCAAGCCCUCCAAGUGGCACGACCGGCAGCCCACCGUCCAACGAUCGUCUUGUCUUCGAUGCGAACGGAAACGCGGCCGGGACUACCUUCAACGGUGGAGGCAGCGGGAGCGGUGGCAGCCGUCAGCUGCUGUUAUUGCUGGGUCUUCUUCCGGUUUUGGGAGCAGUUGCUCUCAAGGGGAACAACAAUCAGCCUGCGUUUCCGGUCCCACCCCCCGUGGCCCCACUAUCGGUUCAAAACAUGCCGCUACCGAACCUCUACCUUGGUACAAAUUACGGAUUCGGUAACUUCGUAGGUGGAACUGGGCUGCCAGCAUACGCAGGCAAAAGUGCACAUGGGGCCUAUGGUCUCGGAAAGUACGGAAUUGGGCAAAAAAAGUACAACACAUUACCAACCAUUCCAGGGGAACCCAUACCUCAAGCUGUACGCUCCAACGUAGCGAGAGCCGGAAAAUGGGGCGGAGACACGGGUUUUGUCAUCAACGAUAACUUCAAUGGUGGAAAUCUCAAUGGUGUUAAUUCAGGUACCUUGCAAAACGGCAUCCUAAAUACAGGGACUUGGCAAAAUGGUGGCGUUAUUCCUGGGACCAUGAAAAAUGGUGGCGUAAUUUCUGGCACAUGGCAAAAUGGUGGCUUAAAUCCUGGGACUUGGCAAAAUGGUGGCGUAAAUCCAGGGACUUGGCAAAAUGGUGGCGUCAAUCCUGGGAUUGGCGUCGCGAGUUCAGGAUUUGAUAACAACAUUAACUGGAAUACAGAAAGAAACUGGAACACUGGAACGCUGAACUCUCAGACACAAUUAUCGAAUAACUGGAAUAACAACGGUUUCAACACCAAUGGCUUGAAUAACAAUGGACUAAUCGAUGGCCAAAUCAUCGCUUCCGGUCAGCAGGAUUUUGUUAACUCAAUCGCAGUCGGAAAUAAUCAGUUUGUUUCGAAUCCUGUUGUCUGGAACAACAAUGGCGUCAAUCUAAACACGGGAGGUAGCUCUAACAUCCAAUAUCCCGCCCAGCCUCUCUCUAGGAGGUGGAAACGCCAGGUGGCGCAAACCGGAUAUGGUCACACCGAGUCUGGAUACGGAUCACAGAAAGUAGGUCAAGGUCAAGUUCAAGGUCAAAUGCAAGGUAAUUUCCAGCAAACAAACUGGCAAACUCCUCAGGGAAAUGCUCAACAAAACGGUAACGAUUUUACAGGACAAGCUACUCAACUACCCAUGAGACCAAAUCCUGCUAUGUCGCAAAAUCCUACAUCAAGAGGUUUGGGUGGUUUCCAACAACUUGGCGGCAGUAGUCAACAACCCAAUUUUCAAGGUCGGGCAAAGAACGGAAAUGGAGAUGAAAAUUUCGCUAUCCGGUUCAACAGUGAAGAAAGCCAACCAGUCGAAGGGACGGCAACGGUGAUGAAGUCAUUUACGGGACGUCGGUUUAGCCAGAAACGACGUCCUCAAGUGAAUGACUGGUACGCUAUGUUGAUGGGGCGUAUGUGA